AUGGGAAAUGCCUGGUCCCAGGGCCUCGAUGAUGCUGGUUAUGGCGAUGAACUUAGCACGAACCGGGGCUAUAACAAGCGAAUUCCUCCAAGCGAGGGUGGUGUACUUGAUGACCGUGGCCGACAAACCCGCGGCGAACACUUUGAGGGCCAGGGAGGUCCAGGCGACAAGUACUCCCAAGCAAAUCGAGAGCAGGGUGGUCGCAAUGACAAUGAUGUCGUUGAUGCGCCCUUCUCCCAGAGUACCGGUUUGGGCAGCGCAGGUGACAUUGCGACACAGGGCAAGCAAGCAUCGCGAGCAAACGUCGGCAGCAACCCGCCUGGUCCGGGCGGUGCCAAGUUCAAGGGCGAGAACUACUACACACCCGAGAGCGUUCCCGACAGCAUCUCGGCAGAAGGAUGGGUUGCCCCAGAGAGUAUAACGGAGGCGAGUCGGGAAGCCGAGAGGCUUGAAUGA